AUGGCAGGAAAAGUGUCCUUGUACUGGAGGACAAUUAUCAGCCACGACACAACUGGGCCAGUGGAACAAACGGCCGUCUGUGGGUUACGCAACGAGGAGGUGCUUUACGACUCUGAAGACGUUGUUUACUGUGCGUACUGUGAGGCCUAUCAGCAGGCCCCCGGUUAUGUAAACCGCCCAGCUGAGUCCAGAGAUACCGACGGUGUUGGUUUCAUCAGAUACGGGCUGGCGGAGAUAUGCGGAACGCGUGUGUUUCCGUGUGAGAGUGAUGACACCCAGCUAUGCCGGUUGUGGCUGAGAGUGACGCGGUGCACGCUGUCCUCCCGGAUCGAGAGCUACUCGUGCAAGAUGGCGGGCGACGACAAGCACAUGUUCAAGCAGUUCUGCCAGGAGGGGGAGCCGCACGCUGGGGAAGAGCAGCGAGGACGGGGAGAAUCCUCUGAGCGAUAA